UGUCAUAAAUACUGAGGGAGAAGUGGAAGAGACAAAGGAGCCAGAAGAGCUAAUCACAGGUGAGUGGGUGCAGCUGCAGAAGGGAGCAGGCAGAGGAAAAUAGUUGUGAAGCAGAAGAGAAGAGAAAUAUUCUGGUAAACAGAGGAAGAACCAGCAGCUGCUGCUCAACGUGUCUCUGUUGGCCGUGUGGGGAGUCGUUUUGCUGGCCUGCCGCUUCUCCUGGAUGGGCAACAAGCCGCCCAACUUCUCCAACUCAGACAACCCGGCCGCUGACUCGCCUUCGCUCCUCGCCAGAACUCUGACCUUUUUCCACCUGCCUGCCGCCAACUUCUGGCUCCUCCUCUGCCCGGACACGUUGAGUUUUGACUGGUCAAUGGAUGCCUUGCCUCUGAUCAGGAGCCUGGCCGACUGGAGGAACGUCCACACGCUUCUCUUUUACCUGGGAUUGCUUCUGCUUGUUUGGUUUGGCCUGUGGAUGCACUCAGCAACCAGGACCAAGGAAACCAAUGGGAAAAGCCACCAUUACAUUAACGGCAGGAAUGGGAACAGUAAUGGACACAGUUACCACGAACACACAAACCAUUCUCACACAGACACCAAUAAUAUUUUCACUCAGAAUGGAACCAGCAACCUCUCAGAGAGCAGGACUUCACUGCCGACCACUGAGAAUGUGGUGGCGUUCUCCCUGGGCCUUCUGGCCUUCCCCUUCCUGCCUGCUACAAACCUGUUUUUCUAUGUUGGCUUUGUGAUAGCAGAGCGAGUGCUGUACAUCCCCAGCAUGGGCUUCUGCCUGCUUGUCGCUGUGGGGCUGCGGUCGCUGUGUGUACGGCUGCGACGCAGGUCCUGCAGGAGGGUGCUGCUGCUCUGCAGCGGCGCUGUGCUUCUUCUGUUUGGGAAAACCGUGGUGAGGAAUCAGGACUGGCAGAACGAGGAGAUGCUCUACAAGUCAGGGAUCUAUGUCAAUCCUGCUAAAGCUUGGGGCAACCUGGGAAAUGUUUUGAAGAGCCAGGGGAAGAUGGAUGAGGCUGAGCAGGCCUACAGAAACGCUCUGUAUUACCGCAGCAACAUGGCCGACAUGCUGUAUAACCUUGGUUUGCUGCUGCAGGAAAGCAACAAGUUCUCCGAGGCGCUCCACUACUAUAAGCUAGCCAUUGGGAGCCGGCCAACGCUGGCUUCCGCCUACUUGAACACGGGCAUCAUCCUCAUGAAUCAGGGCCGUCUGGACGAGGCCAAGCGGACCUUCCUGACCUGCGCCGACAUCCCCGACGAGAACCUGAAGGACCCCCACGCCCACAAGAGUUCAGUCACCAGCUGCCUGUACAACCUGGGCAAGCUGCUGCAUGAGCAGGGGCAGCAGGAGGAGGCGAUCUCCAUGUUUAAAGAAGCGAUACAGAAAAUGCCAAGACAGUUUGCACCGCAGAGCCUCUACAACAUGCUGGGUGAAGCCUACAUGCGCCUGAACAAGCUCCCUGAAGCCGAGCACUGGUACAGGGAGUCGCUGAGAGCCAAGCCGGACCACAUUCCUGCUCACCUCACCUACGGAAAACUCCUGGCCAUCACAGGGCAGAAAACAGAAGCUGAGCGCUACUUCCUGAAGGCCAUCCAGCUGGAUCCCGCUAAGGGCAACUGCUACAUGCAUUACGGUCAGUUUUUACUGGAAGAGUCUCGGCUCCUGGAAGCAGCGGAGAUGGCGAAGACGGCCGCCCGCCUCGACGGUGGGGAGUUUGAUGUGGUGUUCAGCGCCGCUCACAUGCUCAGACAAGCCAAGCUCAACGAAGCAGCCGAGAAGUAUUACGGACAAGCAGCGAGCCUGAGACCCAACUAUCCUGCAGCUCUGAUGAACCUCGGAGCGAUUCUCCACCUCAACGGGAAACUGCAAGAAGCCGAAGCCAAUUACCUCCGGGCUCUUCAGCUGAAACCAGAUGACACCAUCACCCAGUCCAAUCUGCGUAAGCUUUGGAACAUCAUGGAGAAGCAGGGCCUGAGGACCACGAGUCCCUGAGAUCUCCCCCCCGCCUGCACACCAUCUGCGCUCCAGACCCGAGGAGACGGGCGGCCUGCGUGUCCUCGUUCUGUUUUCUCAUCCAGGAGCGAAGGAAGAGACCGAGGGAGGACGUUUGGAGAGACACAUUGUGCCGCACAGCCUCCCCCCACUAAUCACCUCUGAGCUCUGCAAACACCUCAGGCCUGCAGCUUUGCUCAGGAUUGCUUACAGUCAGGAAGGCCCUGCACGGUAUCUGGAUUCCUUUCUGCAGAUUUUGUUUUUUAUUCAAGAAUAUUUCAAAUUAAAGUGAAGCCACAGGUUCAUCGCUGCCGCAGAAUGAGGUAUGAAGAACACAGAGGAGCACUGAAGGACUUUCUGACACAUUUUAGAUUCACUUUGUGCUUUUUUUCUUGAAAA